GGGAAUUAAAAAAUAUAUCCUCUCUGCCGCUCUCCUAGAAGAGAGAAAAGAAAAUGGCGUCCUUCUCGCUCGCGCCCUCAACGUUCUGAACUACCAAGCCUCCCGGCAUGCUCUUGGACCGCACAACGGCCGCGGAGCCGAAGGAACCUCGCGAGGGACGCUGGGAGUUGUAGGAUUCCGAGUGAUAAUGCUGCUGCCGCCGCCGCCGCCGGUUCCUCCCUCCCUCCCUCCCUUCCCAUCUUCCCUUGCCUGACUACUGAGUGGGGAGCAAACGCAACAGCGGCGGCAUUUCGCAGUCAGUCGUCGAGAGAGAAGGACGUGGCCGAGGUGGAGUCUGCGCUGGGCCGCUGUUCGAGGCCGAGCCCCACCUCACCCGGCGCUGGUCCUGGCUAGGACACCAUCAGAGCAGAAAAGCUCAGGCGAAGGGCUGCCCGCUCCCAGCUGCGGAGACAUGAAGAUCAAAGAUGCCAAGAAACCUUCUUUUCCCUGGUUUGGCAUGGACAUUGGGGGAACCCUAGUGAAGCUUGCAUAUUUUGAACCUAUUGAUAUUACUGCAGAAGAAGAGCAGGAAGAAGUUGAAAGCCUGAAGAGUAUUCGCAAAUACCUGACAUCCAACGUAGCAUAUGGGUCCACUGGCAUUCGAGAUGUUCAUCUCGAGCUCAAGGACUUGAUACUCUUUGGCCGAAAGGGAAAUUUGCACUUUAUCCGAUUCCCAACCCAUGAUUUGCCUACUUUUAUUCAGAUGGGAAGAAGUAAAAACUUCUCAACACUGCAUACGGUGCUGUGUGCCACUGGCGGUGGUGCCUAUAAGUUUGAAGAAGAUUUUCGCACAAUUGGAGACCUCCAGCUGCACAAACUGGAUGAACUUGACUGCCUUGUCAAAGGCUUAUUGUAUAUAGAUUCUGUCAGUUUUAACGGCCAGGCUGAGUGCUACUAUUUUGAAAAUGCAUCAGAACCUGAAAGAUGCCAAAAGAUGCCUUUUAAUUUAGAUGAUCCAUACCCACUGCUGGUUGUAAACAUUGGUUCAGGGGUCAGUAUUUUAGCUGUCCAUUCCAAAGACAACUAUAAAAGAGUAACUGGAACAAGUCUAGGUGGUGGGACCUUUCUUGGUUUGUGCAGUUUGCUAACAGGAUGUGAAAGUUUUGAAGAAGCUCUGGAAAUGGCAUCCAAAGGGGACAGCACCCAUGCUGACAAGCUAGUCCGGGAUAUUUAUGGGGGUGAUUAUGAACGGUUUGGCCUGCCAGGUUGGGCAGUGGCAUCUAGUUUUGGGAACAUGAUCUACAAGGAAAAACGAGAAUCAGUCAGUAAAGAAGACCUGGCUAGAGCGACAUUGGUUACUAUCACCAAUAAUAUUGGAUCUAUAGCUCGCAUGUGUGCUGUAAAUGAGAAAAUAAACCGAGUCGUCUUUGUGGGUAACUUUUUACGAGUGAAUACAUUGUCAAUGAAGCUUUUGGCAUAUGCAUUGGAUUACUGGUCCAAAGGCCAGUUGAAGGCUUUGUUCCUAGAACAUGAGGGGUACUUUGGUGCAGUUGGUGCCCUCCUCGGAUUGCCAAAUUUCAGCUGAAGCGCAAAGCAUCGCAAUACUGAACUAUUCCUUACCUUUCUGGCAUUAUUACAACACUGUUUUUAUAUCAACUGGAACCAAAGGGGAAAAGGGCCGCAAUCUUCCUAUAAAUGUCUUUAAUUGUAAGAACGGUCAACUGUCUCAUUGAGACACAAAUGUGAAACCUGGGAGUUUCUGUAGAAAGCACCUUGUGGUUUUCUUGUGUGGUGUUCUCUUAACACGGAUGUCAAACCUGUUGCCCUCCAAACGUUGGACUUCAGUUCCCAUCAGUCCUGUCCAGUGUAGUCAGUGGUCAGGUAUGAUGGCAGCUGAGUUCAGCAAUGUCUGGGGUGUCCCAGGCUUCUCAUCUCCGCUCAUAACAAAUGCUACACGUGCAUUGUGCACUGCAGCCUCUAAAAUAUGGCUCUCAAAAUCAGACUUGGUGGAUUAGCCUUAGCUGUUCAGAGCUUUGCUGCAAUGCUGAUCAAGUAACGCACUGUUAAUUUUCCUUACGGCUGCUUGAUUGCCUGCCUCCUAGUGUGCAGGACUAAUAGCCUUGUUCUCAAUGUCCAUUUUGACUGUAAUUUCUCAACAACUCUAAAAUUGAACAUUGCCGUAUCCAAGUGCCAUCCACUAAAAAUAAAAUUCCUUGAUGCAGCAGAGUUUCUGAGGCAAGGAGACUUCUUUCUUUUUUCCCCCCAACACCUUGAUUGUUUAAUUUGAAUUAGUUCUAAAGCUGUAUAACACUGGUAAGUGGAGCCUCAAAUAUGGUUGGCUUGGUGGAGUCUCAAAUAUCACACUACACAUGGUCAAAAUGGCUUAUUUGUUGUUCCGCUUUUUCAGACUUUUCUUGGAGGGGGGCACCUUUUUCCCUCUGGGACGUCCGCGGGGCGGACGUCCAUCAUUUUCUGAGCUAUCCAUAGAGUAGCUGUCUCUCUCCCAAUCAGUGUUACAGACUAUUUGCAUAAUAUGAUCAGCAAAAAUGCUGGCAAGGAGAUUUCAAAGUGUUGGAAUAGUUAAUUCAGAUUUCUGAAUAUUAAGUUUUCCAUAAAAUAAAAUAAACACAUCAGCAAAAACUCAGUAUAACUGAUUUAAUGUGAAUUAAGCAACUGUGAACACACUUUCGUGUAACUAAUAAUUGUGUGAUUAGUCAGGCUUUGUUAAAACUCUGCACAUCCCUAGUUCAUUUAAUGGUUAAUUGGUACCGACUGUGCAGAAGAUGAUUCUGUUUAGGAUUUUUAGUAAAAUUUUCAGGAUUUUAAAAGGAUGAUUGUUCUUUAAAAUCCAUCACUGAAAAACAUCCAUGUCUCCUUGCAAAGUGCCACCAGUGUGUCUGAUGUGAAAUCAGUAUAACAAUGGAGUUACAUUUGUUGGAUCAGUAGAUCUGAUGGGAGGUGCCUGUUGUGAAAUUAGUUUGUCAGUUUAUUUAAAAGCACACAACAUUUGAUCAAAUGGAACUUUGGCAGAUUUUGGGCUUCAAGCAUUAUGGCAGCUUUAGAGGUUGUACUGCAGAGUCAUAAGGUUCAAUGUCCGUUGUACUCUGAGAAACAAUCGCACAUAGUGGAACAGUGUGGACUUGAGAUAAAACUCCACAUAUUGGGGCUGCUGUUAUAUUUUGACUGUCUACUAUUUCAGACAUGAUUGUAAACGUAGAUUGCUGCAGCAUAGUUUAUCAUAAAACUUCAGAUUAAAAAGAAAAAAAAUCAUCUCAGAAAAAAGGAUAUUUCUAUGCACAAGGAUGUAUCAUUGUAUCCUGAAGGAAUAUGCAGUUAUCCAAUGCAUGAAUGAUGUUUUCUAUAGGGGAUUUGACCACUCUGACUAGAGCUCAUAGAGCUCAAACUAGCGCUUAAGUUUACUUGAUCAGUUUGAUAUUAUUUGGGCACACUGAUACAUUCUACAGCAAUAUAUAUUAGUAUAGGUAAUGUUUCUCCACAUCCGGUUCCAUAGAAUUCUAUGAGUCUAAGUACAUUAUGAUGUUUAUUAGCAGUAAUUCCUUUUUAGCUCAGAAAUAGUGUUGAUACUGCUUGUGCCACUGUUCUUCAUUUCUAAGAUUGAGAAAUUUAUGAUCUCUUUACAACACAGGACAGAAGCCAGUUGUUUUUUAUAUGUUCUCUUGAUCCCUUGUUGAGGCAGUGUUCUGAAAAGACAAGUCUUAGUCCAGAGUCUGUACUUGGUCAGUUUUGAUUCUGCUGUUUUAAACUAUAACCAUUAAUUCAUAAUUGUAUAAAAUUAAUAUUUUGCUUUUACAAAGCUUACAGCCUUGUGUCUUAAAACACAGUUGAAGUGCUUCAGUUCAUACACUAUCAGUUGCAACUGGGCUAUAUGAAAAUGUAGUCAAAAAUAAAUCUGCAGUGUUGUGGAUACUAGUCAGAAGCAGGUGACGAAAAUGACAGCUCAACUCUUUAGUUGCCACUUUAGUAUCUAAUCAAGCAAUCUUCAUAACAAUUAUGAUUUUGCUAUUGAAAUAUAUGAGCCCACUCCCUCCAUUGCAACAGGCUUAAAUAGUAAAAUUACAGAUUUGGAAUAAACCUCAUAAAUACAGUCCGUCCUCGCCUUACGCGGGGAUCCGUUCCAGAUCCCGCCGCGUAAGGCGAAUUCCGCCUAUGCUUGAGCAUGGGAGGUGCGGGAGCGCGCAGGGCGCAACGGGCGCACGCGCCCAUUCAGUUGAAUGCGACGCGCCGCCACGCGCCCGCCCUGCAGCUUGAGCGCGUAUGCUCAAGGCCACGUAUGGCGCGGGUGCACUGUAAAUGUAUCAGUAAUUUUCAUACUGCAUAUUUUUGUAACGGUACAAGAAGAUGGUUCUGCCUUGUUAUAAUUAAGAUAUGUAUUUUUUUCUGUAUUUCGCCCUCAUGCUGUACAAAUAUAAAAUUCUGUUGGAUUUCAUGUAAGGGUCAAGUCGCUAAUGGCCUCAUUUAGCACAAAUAGAACAGUUUGCUUGGUUGUCCCUCUGCCCCCAAAAGUAGGUAGAUACAUAGGGCUGCUGUCAGUUUAGUUGGGAAAGGGAAAACUGGCUGAGUAAGAAGAGGGAUUCUCCCCCUUAAGGACAGGAAUAUAGCUUCUGAAUGUAGUGACUCUUCAAUCCAAUGGUCACAUGAGUGCCUUAAAGUCUCCAUCUUGGAGUUUCAGCCAGAAUUUGAUAUUAAGAGUAUUCCUGGCUUCUGAUAAUGACAGCCUGUGACUAUUGAACAGUGCCAAAUCUGUCUGUGGCACCUGCAGAUUAGCUAAAAAUGGACUGAGUGGACCAUUAGGUAGUAAGAAUUUAUUAUCCUUUUAUUUUUCUCAUAACUGUCAGCCACCUAGUCUUGAGUAAUUUUUGUUAGAAUACAUGUACUCCUGGAUGCAACGUACAUAUAAUUCUUAAAAAAAAACCCAAUAAAUAAAUAAAUAAAUAAGAGAGUUCUGUGUUGUUAACAAGUCAUAGAAAUAAAACUGAUCUCUUAACAUACAUUUUCAAUGUAUGUUAUUGGGAUGUGUACCUGUUCUCAGUUUACCCAUUCCAUUAAAGAUUGUUUUGAUACAAUCUUUUAACUGUAGCCUCUUUCUUCCCUAGACUUACAUCUAACCAAUUAAUGGACCUUACAUUGUGCCCCCUCCCCCAGCCCUGAUCCUUAGUAUAUUGCCGCAUACAUUUUUUUAAACAUCAUUCCAUGAAAAAAAGUUAGUAUAAGGACUAGAUCACUUUUCUCAUUGCUUGUCAUUUGUGCUAUGCUUUGAAAUGACUAUUACAUGUUGUGAUUCCAUUAGUACAUUGCAGUAUCUUGGUGCCAAUCAGGUUGACUACAUGUGACCUUACUAAAUGUCAGUGAUCAAGUGGAGUAAGGUAUGUUGGACUACAUCUUCUAUAAUCCCUGAUUAUGGAUGGUUUUCAGGGAGGCUGAUGGAAACUAGAGUCCAACAACAUGAGGCCCAUAGUUUCCCUCCUCUGGCUUAAAUCUUUACCAGGACAAGACAGUUUUGUCUUCUAUCUAUUGGAAAUUCUGUGCACAGCAUUCCUUAUCUGUUGGUGUGUAAGAAAUUUGGGCAACUCUGUUAUACUCUCAACAUUUGCUAAAGUUAAAAUCUUUAUUUUGACUUAAUUACUUGAUAUAUAAAAUCCAAUUGCCCAUUCGAACCAGUGUUUUUAAAUCUUUCAGGAAUUUAUUUUGGGGAAGACCUCAUACAUUGCAGUAGAAUAAUACCGAUUAAAAAGUUAGAACUUUCAACUCUAUCUGACAUGAAAUAGAUGCAAAUUUCCAGUGGUGUCUUCCCAUAGAAUGCUUUCAUGGAGUGAAGAGUAUAACCACUUUGAUCAUUAUGAGAUAUAAGAAGCUGCUUGUGAAAUUUUAAUAGGUGCCAGCUUCUACUUAAUAUGUGAAACAGUUCUUAAAGUAAGUCUCUGAAUAUUUUUCAAGCACUUGUACUGAGAGCAUCUGGGCAUAAGGUUGAGGGGGGCAGGCAAGUGAGACAAUGGGAAGGGGCCAAGGCGCAAUCCCUUCCAGGCACCCACACUGGGUGACACCAAUGCUAGAGAUGCCAAUGACUGACAGCAUGUUUCUGUUAAGGAUUGACAAAUUUGACUUAUUUAAUUUCUUAAAUAUUCAUACUUUGUUGCUUUGUAAAUAUUGCAUUUUAUCAUUAAGACUCUGAAAUAAGUGUGUGUUAGUUUAAGAAGAUGAGUUUGUAUAGAUCAAGAUGUUAGAUCAAGAGCCAGCAUUUUUUGCUGCUGAGCUGAAAUGAAAGAACUUUGUACAGACUGGUGUAUUUUAUUUUAUUUUUGAAAGUAGAGGAUCCAGGGGUUGUGAAAUUGAAUGACCGUGCACCAUGAAAAGACUAGUGCCCCUUUCAUUGUAAAAAUAAUCCUUAAUCUUAACUGAGUUUUAGCUGUAGAGUUUGGAGGUAAAAAAACUGAGGAUCACAUUUGUGUCCACUAAAAUACCUGUGAUAGUUGAUAUUUUAAUUAUUGGUGUCAAUUUCUUUUCAGCCUUUUGUACUUUAAAUGGAAAGCCUGCAGACAGAAGCAUGCAAAAUGCAAGCUUUCUGUUUUGGGGUGGAAAGACAAACAAGCUGCCUUAAUUCAUAAGUGAUAUCCCCUUAAAUUUUCUCAACACCCUGGAAUAAACGGUAGUGGAGGUUUCCUACUUUCAACCAGUGUUGUUUAUAUUCUAAAUGGUUUAAAUAAAUGAAUUGCACAGUAAAAGAAACCAGAAUGCCUGUAAACAUUAUUCUGGGUCUGUGUGUGAGAGAAAGAGAGAGAGAUGGCAGGUGGUCAGAAAGCAUGUAUCUUGGUAAAUUGUGAGUAAUCAUAAGAAUCUGAAAUACAUGCAGCUCACCACUUGUCACAAGAUUUGCCAAACUGAUGUCAACCACCAGUCUUAAAGUUAAGAAGUCACAAGCUACAUACACUGUGUUUAGGGAACAGUGAUAUGGGAAUAAACCAUAGACAAAUGCCACAAAGCAUAAUACUGAGAACCAUGCCAUGGGAAGGUUAUGUCAGCAAUUUAGUUUAAUCCUGUUCCAGCUCACUAGGUUGAAUAAAGUAGACUGAUUAAAUUUUAGAAAUUCUUUCCCUUUGGACUGUCCUUACCUUGCUUUGAUAGAAGGGCAGAUGAUCAAAUCAAAUAACCCAUUUUUGGGUCAUUAUAAUAAAUUAUGUUUUGAACUAGCCAGAUUGCCCCCGACCCCUAAUGUUUGAAUAUGAGGGUAAAGUGGUUAGUUUAAAACAUGGUGUGGAUGGUUCUGGUCUUGUAGCUGUGGUGAAGAAAAGGAGAGAUUGAAAGCCUAAAAUUGGUUGAUUUGGUUGAUACUAAACCAACCUUCCCUUGUCAAGUGUCAUCCAGAUGUGGUAAACUACAAUCCCACUAGUCCUACAGCUAUGGACACCAUGUUGUAAAGGAAUGGUUUGAACCAGAUAUAAUAUAUGUCCAUGUUGUAAACAGACUAUUAUGUUGGUGUUAUUUCUUAGGCCUAAAUCCAGUGAUAUGUUGGUGCUGCAACACCAAUGGGUGAUAUCUUCUAUUCACUUCUUUGACCCCCUAUAGCUUUAGAGCUACCCAAAGCAAGCUUCCAAGGGUUUCCCAGCUGGCCGGAGCAAUUAAAGUGUGCUUGUAUGGUGGUUUAAAUGGGAACGGGAGAUCACCUCCCAGGCAGUUUAGCUGUUGCACCAGCAGAAAUCUAACCUUGGAUCCUGCUCAGUAUAAGCUAAGCAGUGAAAAGUACAGAAAUUACAAAGCAACCAUAGCUUAGUGUCUGAUAGUGCUUCUCAGAUAAGCACUUUAUCAAGUUGUACUUCUGCCUCAUAGACUUAUCUCAAACAAUUAUAUCUAGACAACAAUCCAUCAUAGCCAGGUUUACCAUGAAAUUGUUUUUAUAAAACAGACUGCAACUAAUAUAUAUGUUAUGAAAUACAUUACUUUGCAGCAUUUCAAAUAAAAGAGUUAUUCCUAGAUUUGUGUGUUGAUUGAUACCAGAAUGUAGCAAUCUAGUCCUGUGCUGACUGCAUCUUUUGCUAUGUUCACUUUUAUUUGCCUUGCGACUAUAGUUUUUUCUUAAAAUGUCUAAUAUAUUUAGGAUAAACCUUACCAAUACUGCCUGAUGAAUGUGGAUUGCAUUCUUCUGAAAUCAGAAUAAAUAUAUAACUUCCAUUUAGCAUUGAGUCUUUACUGCAUUUUAAGCAAUAUUUCCAUCCUGCAGAUUAUUAGCUUGAGGUUCAAUCAUUACAAAAGGACUUUUUUAAAAGUAAGAUUUUGUAGAUGGAGAAGAUCCAAUAUACAGUAUACUUUAAUAUCUGCAAUUGAUAGAAAAUUGGGAAAUACUUUGUUAACAUUUCCUCUCUGUUAAUGAUAGAAUUGACAUUUUAACUGAAUGUGGUUUUUAAUCUUCUAAAAGACCAAAUUGUACUUGACUUGGAAAGUACUUCUUGAAUCCAUGGCAAACUCAUACUCUACAACCAUUGUGUGCAUAUUUAAUUUAACAGCCAUUUUAGGUAAAUUGCCUUAUUCUGAUGCAGUGAACUUAUUGUCUCGCCUCUGUUUACCACUCUGACAAUGAACAUGGUGUAAAAAUGUAUGUUUUACAAGUUUAACACAUAGUUGCUAAAUUAUUCAGUGCAUCCUUGUAAAUUGUUUUUAAUUUAUUUUUGUUAUUGGUGCUCUCCUGUAUCAUUUUCACUCAACCAAAUGAUGGAAGCCUAUUCUGUAAUCAUUCCCAUCGCAAACUGUAUAAAGAGAUUCUCAACUGCUUGCAUGAGUAAAUGUGAAAAUUUAAUUUUGUUGUAUGACGAGCUUUUAUGUGUUUUCCUAGUUUUACAAUUGUUCUGUAUGAAUGAACAGAACAUUGACUUUUUUCUAAAUAAAUACCAAUGGUUGGUUCUCUCUCCCAUGCUUUUUAAUUCUUUGAACCAUUGCAAUCUGUCUUAAUAAAGGGGUGAGAAACCUGGCUCAGACUUG